GCAUUACUUAACACCUCAACACACGCAUAUGCGUAUGCAUAUGCUAUUUUAGUUUCAAGUGCAAGCACAAAGCAAAAGCACUGGAGAAGAAACAUGUCGGCAGCGCAGGUAGAUCCACAUGACAAAAUGAGAGCCAGAGACGUGAACAAAGUGGCUCGGGGUGAACAAGCUCCAAGGCCAGCUCAUGAAUUUGGCACCGUUUCUCCACCCCCUCCUCCCUCUUCAACCCACAGUAUUGAUACCAAGAGGAACAAAAAGGAUGAAAAGCCAAGCAUAGCUGAAAACGGUGCAGAAUUAGCAAACAGUACUGAUUAUAAAACGCGUCAAUGUUAUGUAAAAUAUGUGGAGUAUAACAGAUGCAUUCAGCAGAAGGGCGAAAAGGCAACCGAUUGCGAGAAACUUGGCACGCAUUUUAGGUCCUUCUGUCCAACCGAAUGGAUUGCUGAAUGGGAUAAAGAAAGAGAAGAGGGGAAAUUCCCUGCAGAAAUAUAGGCAGGAAACAUACUUUUUAUUUUAACAGGAAAAAAGUUGCCAAUUGACCAUUGGCAAAUAAGUGAAAUUACUCUGCAUCUUCUUUCAGUCUUUCUGUAUUAUGUAUUUUUCUUUUCGCUUGUUUCAGAGUAUGUCAUAAUAAUAGUAUAUUGAUGCA